ACACACUGGCGCUCUGUGGCCCCUGCGCUCUCCUCUCCGCUCCGCACGCAGCCCUCGCAGCCCUCGCAGCCCUCGCAGCCCAGCUCGCCCUGCCCGGGACCCGCACUCAUGGUGCUCUACCACAAGGAGUUCGAGAAGGCCGGCAAGGCGUCCGGCCUCCAGAUCUGGAGGAUAGAGAAGAUGGAGCUGGUGCCGGUGCCGGAGAGCCUGUAUGGCAGCUUCUAUGUGGGGGACGCCUACCUGGUCCUGCGCACCGCCAAGCAGCGCGACUCCUACUUCUACGACCUGCACUUCUGGCUCGGUAAGGAGUGCAGCCAGGACGAGAGCUCUGCUGCAGCCAUCUUCACAGUGCAGAUGGAUGACUACCUGGGCGGAAAGCCAGUGCAGUACCGCGAGCUGCAGGGCUUCGAGUCCACCGCCUUCACCAGCUAUUUCAAAGGAGGAAUCACCUACAAGGCAGGGGGCGUGGCCUCUGGGUUCCAGCACGUGGUCACCAACGACCUGUCGGCCCAGCGGCUCUUUCACGUCAAGGGCCGCCGGGUGGUGCGGGCCACCGAAGUGCCGCUCAGCUGGAGCAGCUUCAACAAGGGCGACUGCUUCAUCGUGGACCUCGGCGCCGUCAUCUACCAGUGGUGCGGCUCCAUGUGCAACAAGUUCGAGAGGCUGAAGGCGGUGCAGGUGGCAGCCGGUAUCCGUGACAACGAACGCAACGGCAGGGCCCAGUUGGUGGUGGUGGAGGAGGGCAGAGAGCCAACCAACAUGACACAGGUCCUCGGAAGCAAACCAGACCUUCCCGAGGGAGAUGAAAACGACGAUGCAGUUGCUGACAUCUCCAACAGGAAAAUGGCCAAACUCUACAUGGUGUCGGACGCCUCCGGGACUAUGCAGGUGUCCUUGGUGGCGGAGGAGAACCCCUUCUCGCAGGACCUCCUGCUCUCUGACGAGUGCUUCAUCCUGGACCACGGCAAGAGCAAGAUAAUCUUCGUGUGGAAAGGGCGGAGCGCGAACCCGAGCGAGCGGAAGGAGGCCAUGAAGACUGCAGAAGGCUUCAUCGAGCAGAUGGGAUACCCGGCGAACACCCAGAUCCAGGUCCUCCCCGAGGGUGGCGAAACUCCCAUCUUCAAGCAGUUCUUCAUGGGCUGGAAGGACAAAGACCAAAGCGAGGGCUUCGGGAAGGUCUUCGUCACGGAGAGAAUCGCCAGGAUCCAGCAGGUCAAGUUCGACGCCUCCAAGCUCCACGAGUCUCGGCAAAUGGCCGCCCAGUACAACAUGGUGGACGACGGGAGCGGAGACGCCAAGAUCUGGAGGGUGGAGAGCAGCGGCAGGGUCCCCGUUGAACCCAGCACGUACGGCCAGUUUUACGGCGGCGACUGCUACAUCAUCCUGUACACCUACGCCAAGGGCCACAUCAUUUACACCUGGCAGGGGUCCAGUUCGACGCGGGACGAGCUCACCGCCUCCGCCUUCCUCACCGUGCAGCUGGACAAGUCCCUGGGAGGCUGCGCCGUGCAGGUUCGAGUGACGCAAGGCAAGGAGCCGGCGCAUCUGCUGAGCCUGUUCAAAUCCAAGCCCCUCAUCAUCUACAAGAAUGGGACGUCCCGCACAGGGGGGCAGGCACCCCCACCCGCCACGCGCCUCUUCCAAGUGCGCCGAAACCUGGGCACCACGACACGCAUCGCAGAGGUGGAGGCUGAGGCGCCAAGCCUGAACUCCAAUGAUGCCUUUUUGCUGAAGACGCCCAGCGGGGGGGACUACAUCUGGGUGGGCAAGGGGGCGAGUGAGGAGGAGGAACACGGCGCAGAGUACAUCAGCAAGGUGCUCCGCUGCAAGCCCAGGGGGAUCGCCGAAGGGCAGGAACCCGCUGAUUUCUGGUCAGCGCUGGGUGGGAGGAAGCCGUACCAGUCGUCCGAGAGCUUGGAGAGCAAGGAGACGGCUCGCCCCCCGCGCCUGUUUGCCUGCUCCAAUAAAACGGGCAGGUUCAUUAUUGAAGAGGUGCCAGGAGAAUUCACCCAGGACGAUCUUGCCGAAGACGACGUGAUGCUGCUGGAUGUCUGGGAUCAGGUGUUCAUCUGGAUUGGAAAGGAUGCCAAUGAGGUGGAGAGGACAGAGUCUGUGAAAUCAGCGAAGACGUACAUCGAGACAGACCCCGCGGGCCGCGACAAGAGGACGCCCGUGGUGGUCGUGAAGCAGGGUCACGAGCCGCCCACGUUCACGGGCUGGUUUUUGGCUUGGGACGCGUCGCGCUGGAGCAGAGACGCCGUGGGCGAGGCCGUGAAGAACCUGCGGGUGGACUGAGGGUCGCGAGCCUGGGAUCGGGGAUCACUCUUUUGUUUUCCCUUAUUUAUUUCAUGCGCUUUCACGGCCAUUGCGUAAUUCUGAAAAAGCAUCAGGAUCAACGCAGCGAGAUGUUUUACCCUCAGGGUUUGAGCUCCAUGUCCAAAAGCCCUUGUCCUGGUGGGACAUGAUACAGAGAACAUUCUAUUAAUUCUUUACAGUUUCUUCCAUACAUAAACUAUUGUUACUGUGCUUUCUGUUUACAAUUGCAUGUUUAUGAUCUUUUUUUGGGUAAGGAUACCAAACUAUAUAAAUUAUACAGUAUAUAAGUAUUGAGAGGAAUGAAAGUACUACUUUAACUGCUUGUCACUUCUUUUCCACAUUACAGCACAGCAGCUGUCUGUCAAAAACUGCUUUACAUUUAAAAAAAAAAAAUACUGAAUAAAAUGG